AUUGAGGGCGCCAAAGUGCAAAGCGCGAAGCGUAAAGCGUGAUACUACACGCAAUGUUCGAUACCCGCUAAAAUUUUGAGCAUUGUUGUAAUGUAAUUUAAAAGUUAAACUGACAUAUUAUUUAUUCAAAAAUACAAUAAAAAAAUGGAAGAAUUUCUGUUGGGCUACCGAGAAGUUGUACCUGAUCAAACUGUACCAGAGAAAUGGAAUGAAAUCAAGUUGAAUACAGGCGGUAGUCAAAGUACUUUGCAAGAUAUAAAAGUUCCAGAGCGAGCUGGUGGUUAUUCUUAUAACGAUGGUUCAAAAUAUUUUACACGGAAUCGAUUUAUUUAUUGGCGUAUUUGUCAUGAUGUACUUGAGUUGGUUGAACACAGUUUAGAUAUUAAUUUGGCUAAUUGUAGAGUAAGAUAUAAAUUUACAGACACACCCAUUUUGGAUGGAAUUUCUAUACAUGAAACAAUUAAUUCAGUAAUUAUAUUAAUAGCAACUGUUUCUAGUAUUCAUAAAUUAUCAUUUCCUCAUCCCGAACGAAUUCAUAAAAAUGAACAUUCAUUAAAUACAUAUAAAGAUUUAGGUACACAGUCAAUAUUUAGUGAAACAUCUACUCAGAAUAUAAAAAAAACAAUAGAAGAUCCUCAUAUGUUUCAUGUUAUUACAAAUGCAGGAACUACAAAUUCUCCAGUUCCUCAUGCAGCUGCAUCAUGGUUUAUUCCACCACAAGAAGCAUUAUUUGCUCUUGCUUAUAAUUCUGGAACUAUACUCCUUUUAAGGCUAGACAUUAAAACUGGCCUUGUGCAUAGUAAUGAAUUAAAACAAGAUUCAAUAGUACCAAGAUUUCUUAGUGGUAUUGCAACUGCUUUCAGAGGUCGUAAUUCUGAAGCCCAUGUGGCUAUGUCAUUAACUAUACAUAAUUGUGAAAAUGAUACAUAUCUUUUUGCUUUAUGCCGUGAAGGUAAUAUUCGUAUGUGGUCUUGUAAUAAAGCUCAAUGUGUAGCAGUAAGUGAUAUAACAAUAGAUAAUCAUGUUGCAUCUGAAGGUGCACAAGGACAUAUAUUAAAAAAAACAUUGAGUCCUAAUAAUGAAUUAUACUUGGCGACUUUUUUAAUUAAUUCCAGAUGCGAAUUUUGUAUUUUAAAACCAAUUCAAGAUAAUGGUGUAUUUAAAUUUAAGAGAUUAUGUACAAAAUUUGCGCCAGAUCAACAUUUAGUUGAUUUUUUUUUUACCAUUACUCGAUUAUGGGCUGUAUGGAGAACUACUGAUAUGGAUACAGUUGAAGUAACUCAUGCCCAAUUAUCAUUAUCGAGUGGUAUGCGCGUUAAUUCUGAAUGGGAAACAGCAAUCUUAGAACAAACACCAGAUAGAGAUUAUAUCCUUAAUGAUGCUGAUACUGAUCCAAGACAAGCAUAUAUUAAUUAUAUUUUUUAUCCUGGACAAUUUUCUUUGACAGAUAUAACAAAAGCUCUGAACAUAUAUCGAAGAUCUAAUUGUAUAGAGAAUAAAAUUCUUUCUGCCUCUGAAUUGAAAGUAGAAGCUGAAAAAGCAGUAGAAGCUGAAAUACAGGCUGAAAUUAUGGAUUAUGAACUUAUGGAUGAAGAUUACUUGGAAAUCGCCAAUCGUUGUUGGUCAAAAUUUUAUUCUUGUGUUAUACAAUAUCAUGCUAAUAGUACGAGACCAGUUGGAUUGUUGUUACUACCAACCGUUUACGGAGUAGUUUUACUUAAAAAAUCGUGCUUUUCACUUUUGAGACCAAUGGAAGCUUUGGAAUAUUUAAUGUUCUGCAAUGAGAAAUCAUAUACAUCGCGAUUCAAAAUAUCACCAAUUUUGUCGCAAGACGAAGAUAUAUGUCAAGAUCUUAUUAUAAUAAUGUCAGCAUUGGUAUUAAUAGAAGAACAAUUAUCUGAAGAAACUAAAAUAGCGAUAAAGAGAGAAAUGUAUCAUUUAAGAAGUCCAGACAUCAUUAUUGAUGAUUUAUUAUCAAAAUUAAUGUUAGAAUCAGAAGAACCGAUUAGUAAUUUUAUUACACAUCAUCCUAGCUCUCAUAGAUUGUCAAACGUUAGAGAUAUAUCCAGUGCUAUGGCAAUGUUAUUGGAAACAUUAACAUAUGAUCUUGGUCAACCAAAUAAGUUACAACUUAAUGAAGAUCAUGAUGCUUCAAAAUUAUUACUUAAUAUUAAUCACUUUUUUAGUAGUCAUUUGGGUAUCUCGGCAAUAUCGAAAAGUGUAACACAAAUAACACAAUUAAGAUUCGCAAUCUGCAGGAAUUUAUUAAUUUUGCAACAAAUAAUACUGUUGCGACCAGAAUUGUUUGAUUCGCGAUCUUUACAUUCUAUAAAAUCAUCAUUAGCACCCAGGACAGUAGUGUUGAUGCAAGCUUAUUACGUUGUAACAUGGAUAUGUGAAUCCACAGCAUUACCAAUGCCUGUGCAAUCAUUAUUAGAUUCUAGUGUUCAGCGUUUAGCAUUAUUGAAGCUUGCUGAUUCAAGAGCGAAUAUAGUAUUUAAACAACAUCGAUCUUUGUUGUUAUUAGAAUUAUUUAUACAAAACAGUGGUGCAAAACAUGCUCAUAAUUUGAUGGCUCAUACAAAUUUAGAUGCAACUACUUUAAUUCCUUGGCAUUAUGGCAUGUUAACACAUAUUACAUUUAUCGCUCAACUUAUUUGGCCAAGAUCGGGAAAUUUUAUCUUUCCUGAAUGGCUACUAUCUAGUUGUCAAUUUUUAUUGGUUCAAGAAUAUGUAAGACUCUUGAAUACAUGGUGUGAAUGGAAUAUUGCAUCGAGAAAAUUUAUUUUAGCAGUUGCGCUACUUGAAAUGGGAGAAGCGCAAAAAGCAUGCGAUCAUUUUCUCCGAGCUUCUGGAGGAAUUUUGACGGAUGAAUUUUUAGCAGAUGCCUUACUCGAAUCCAGUGUACUAUCUGAAAAUAGUUCGUUAAUUCAAUAUUAUUUAAAAGUUAUCAGAUUAUUUGAAGAACAUAAUGCUUUUGACUGCAUUAUAGAACUCGCUGAAACAGCUAUAUUAAUAGCUGAUAAAGAUGAUCCUAAUUUACCAACAUUGCAUUCAAUAGUAUUUGUACAACAUUUAAACUUGGGUCAUCAUACCAAAGCUUAUAAUUGUUUAAAUUCUAAUCCAGAUGCCGCGCGUAGAGUAGAUUGUUUGAGACAAUUAGUAGUAACUCUGUUUGAACGAAAAAAAUUAAUAGAUUUAAUUUCAUUUCCAUAUGUUGAUAUGUACGAAGACUUAGAAAGAAUAGUAGAAGGUAGAGCCCGAAGCGUAGAUCUGAUGGAAAAUAAUUAUUAUAAUUUUUUAUAUAGCUUCCAUAUAAAUAAAGGAAAUAUGCGAAAAGCUGCAUCAGUAAUGUAUGAACAAGCUAUGCGUUUGAGCCAAGAAUCACAAUCUGUUGUAAUUGUAUCAAGACAAGCUCAAUGUUUAUUAGCAUGUAUUAAUGCAUUACAUCUUGUUUCUAAAAAAUAUAGAUGGAUUGUUAGACCUGUAAUUGAUCAAAAUUAUUUAGAGGAAAUGGAUUAUGAAGUUUCUCAAACAAGAAAAAGUAUCAGCAAUGAAGAUAUUUUGCACUAUAAAAUAAAGAAACAAGUUGAAGUUCUCGAAUUAAAUGAUAUAAAAAAAGAAUACUAUGUAGUGGAUGCAAGAUUGAAAGUAUCAAAAAUGAAUUCAGAUAUUGUUUCACAUGCUGGACCUUCAGAGCUUAUUAUUAUUCUAUCAACUAUUGGAUUAUACACGACAGCGUUGCAUUUAUGUGAUGAAUUUAAUAUUAAUAAAAGCUCUGUACUUGAAAGUUUAACUUCACAAUGUAUACGAUUAAGUCGAGGAGAAGAUUCAAAUGCAUGGGAUUGGCUUAUUCAAAAUGAUAUAUUCGAUAUUGGUUUAUCUAAUACAAAUAUUACAAAUACUGCUUGGAGACUGUUAGAAUAUUUGACAUUAGAACAUGAAAAAGAUAGAUGUAGCGAAUUACAUAAAGCUGUAGCCCGAAAAUUACUUCAAGAAAGAGCGUUUAUACCUCAAUGGUUAUUAAUAUCAUAUAAGAAACGAAAUGCUGCAGAACUUCUUCGUCUUAUGUUAAAUACUGGUAGAAUAUUAGAAGCUAGUGAUUUAGGGAUUGAAUACAUUAAUGCUGUUUUGGGUAAUGGUAUAGAAAAUUUUGGUCUUGAAACAUAUUUAACAUCUGUAACUCAAAUGGCAGUCUGGUUACCACUUAAUACAUUAGAAGUACUUUUAUAUGAAUUAAAAGUUAGUGAGAAACCUAUUUUUUCUGAGAAUUACCAGAGAUUACAACAAGCAUUAGAUAAAUACAAAGAAAAAGUAAUAAACGUAUCAAAGGAUAUGAUUGAAAUAAAAUUAAGUAAAAAAAAUCGCUAGUAAGUAUACAGAAUAUAAAAAUAUUCAGUAUAUACAUGCAUGCGUAACUGUUUGCAUUGAUGGCACAGUAAUCCUUAUAUUAAUCUUGGUCUGUAAAAUUUUGAACAUAUUAGAAAAGAAAAUAUUAAAUUUUGUAUUUUGUAAGAAGAAAUAUUAGAAAAUAUCAAGCGUAAAUUGGAGCAUGAUUAAUUGAUACCAGUACUGUAAAUAUAAUAAUCACACCAAGAAUUGAUGUGACAAUCGCAGCAAUCAUUUGUGGACACCUUUUGAACAAAAC